AUGUCUCGAUCAGUGCAUGUAGCAUCUCUUGUAAUCUCUGGUGGAUCGUCCUCUCGACAUGCCAAGCACCACCGCGAAGCUGUUUAUGGUGCGAAGGCUAUUGCCCGGGAACAACAGCGAGCAGAGGAGCAGUAUCGGUUGGCAGUCACAGGACUGGGUGCUCAGAGUCUUCAAGCACUCUCAGAUAUCAGAGAAGAUGACAUUCCCAUGGGAGAUGUGAGCACUCCCGAUAAUCCAUUUGCUAACACCGGGGAAGCAGAAGGAGCAGGAGCACCAAACGCAGGACAUGACACUUCAUCUGCGAGACUGCAGGAUGACAUGGAGUGA